AUGAAUUCGAUGAAGAAGGCCCGUCCGUUAAUCUGCAAAUAUAUCGCUAAUAUCCGAGAAGAAGGGCUUGAGGCCACUUAUGAAGGUAUUGCUCUUCCACUUGCAGCUCAGUUGACUAAGAAAGAGCUCGACGACGCUCUUGUCAAGAUCGCUGAUAAAGGAUGGAAUAAGAUGAUGAAGCGAUAG